CAGGAAGUGAAACUAUGAGUCUUUGUUUGCAAGAGCACCACCCGAACAAGAAAACGAAGGAAAGUGGAAAAACUCCUAACAGCUAAAUAUUUGUGAAACUAUUGGAUUUAGACCAAAGAACAAAGGUUCAGCUCAACUGAAAGUAAAUAAACUAGAGUUAACUGACAAAAGUGGAAAUUGCAGUAAAGUUUCUGCAUUCAAGGCCACCGAAGAACCAAGACAACAAGUUUGCUUCCUUCCUUGUGCUCUAGAGAAGUUCCUCAGUCUGAGGUCCUGUGAACUUGCUGCAGUUGAAAAUGACUACACCUGUGCGAAUUGAGAAAGUCCUGAAAGAUCACCUGGAUGAUCUGAGUGAUAGGGAGCUGGGGAGAUUUCAGUGGUACUUGUCCCACAAUGAGAGAUUGGAUGGCCGGCCCAUCCUGAAAUCCCAGCUGGAGAACGCCACCAGAGAGGAAACUGUGGAUAUAAUGGUGCAGGUUUACGGGAAAGACGGUGCUGUGGAGACAACAGUGGACAUUCUGAUGAGGAUGACUCGUAAUGACCUUGCAAUAAGGUUAACUCAAGCCCAAAUAGGCCCAAACGAGGAACAGCAAUUACAUGAGAGAGAGACGCAGAGAGAUGAAGAUUGGACUCAGGAUCUUUCUUGUUCAAUUUGCAUAAACAUUUUCACUGAGCCUGUGACUCUGCAUUGUGGCCACAGCUUCUGUAAGACCUGUGUGCAUGGAUAUUGGAGGGAAAAAACCAGUCAGAAAUGCCCAAUUUGUCAGAAAGUUACAGACACUGAACCUCAGACUAAUUUUGCUCUGAAGAGUUUGAGUGAAAUAUACACACGAAGAAGUCCGGUUGAUCCACCAGGAGGACACAGAAGUGCCUCAUUACAUCAGUCAUCUCAGACUCCUUCCAGGACCAUCAAAGAGAAGCGUGAAGCUUUUCAAAGGGUCAAACAAUUUUGUGAUUCAUCAGUUGAGCACAUUAAGAAUCAGAGACGCGACACAGAGAAGAAGAUUAAGGACGACUUUGAGGAGCUGCAUGGCUUCCUCAAGACAGAGGAAGCAGCCAGAAUAGCGGCAUUAGAAGAAGAAGAGACUCAGAAGAUUGGUAUGAUGCAGAAGAUCACCGAGAUCAGUAGCGACACUUUCUUGGUGUCUGACACUGUAAAAGACAUGGAAGACUUAGGGGUUGACCGCUCGUUCUUACAGAACUUUAAGACUGAAAUGGAAAGAACUCAGAACGCACUGCCAGAUCCACGGCUACUUCCACAAGCGCUGAUAAAUGUGUCCAACCAUGUGGGAAACCUCCAGUUCAGAGUCUUGGAGAAGAUGUUAAGCAUUGUAAAACACACCCCUGUGGUUCUGGACCCCAACACUGCAUCUCCAUGGCUCUCUCUGUCUGAAGAUCUGACCACGGUGACACUCACAGACACCCCGCAGCAGCUUCCUGGAAACCCAGAGCGCAACACCAGUUGUCCACAGGUCCUGGGCUGCGAGGGCUUUGACUCAGGAAAACACUCCUGGGAGGUGGUGGUAGGAAAUCAACCCGGAUGGAUACUGGGAGUCGCUGAAGAGGCCCAAGACAGGAAGGAGGAGAUUCCACAAAAUGGACGCUAUACUAUUACGACAAGCAACAGAGGGUAUACAGAUGUCAAGGGCAAUUUACUACUGGAGAGACCCAACAGGAUCAGAAUAGAGCUAGACUACGAAAACGGCACAGUGUCAUUCCAUGACGCUGAUAACAACACAUCCAUGCUGACCUAUGAGGAGAGAUUUACUCAGAAGCUGUAUCCAUAUUUUGCUUUUGUUGAAACUAAUGAUAAUGAGGGUUAUGACGAUGAUGAGGAGAUACAAAUCAAUAAAGGGGAAGCAAAUAGCAGUGGAGGCCAGAUAGAGAUCUGUGAGUCAGAGGUUUCUCUCACAGUGACAUAGUUGCAGAAAAUGUCUGCUUCAGA